CGAGCCCUUCACACUCUUUACUCUUCACAGAGCUGGGCACAUUUCAAGUAUCACGACAGCCUUGCGACAUCCCAGUGGGUGUGCCCGGUGUUUAGAAAUCCCUCUGUCUCAAAGAGGAGGCUGAAGGGGUGCCAGCUGGUGGACUCCUCGCAUUGGGGUGAGAGGUGGAGCCGAACCUGAGGCUGGAAUGCUGAGUCCUGGGCCUGGCUUCCCAAAGGUCCUGGCAGGAGGGGGCGUCGCCCUCAGGAUCCCUGGCCACAGGCCCUGAUAAAACCUGAAUGUAGCAGACUUAAAAAAAAAAAAAGAGAGAAAAAAAAGACGACAGAGCGCCGUCCUUCUGAAGUAGGGUGUUUUAAUUUGUGUGUGGGAAGAGAAGUUUCUGAGUCAAAUCAUUUUAGGAAAAGCUUAAGCAAGGCCCCUCACUGUGGACAUUGCUCCAGUCUUUAAAAUCCGAAUGUGGUCGUGAAUCUCCAAGAGGAGAAGGAGGAGGCAGCAUUUCCUGAAAAUAUUUGACCACGAUUCCAUUUCUGGCAGAGCGUCCCGAGUAAGUGACAUUUCAUUCUGCUCAUCCCCAAGGCAAAGUUGGAUGUUUUUAAAGUGGAAAAAAAAAUGAGCGGAAAAAGAAACGGGGAAGGUGGGAAGAGGUGGCAGUCGAGGGGUCGCAAAGGAGUGCCCGUGCGCAGCGGAGAUGCCACCUUCCCCAAAGCUAUGGACAACGUGACGGUCCGGCAGGGGGAGAGCGCCACCCUCAGGUGCACAAUUGACAACCGGGUCACCCGGGUGGCCUGGCUAAACCGCAGCACCAUCCUCUACGCUGGGAAUGACAAGUGGUGCCUGGACCCACGCGUGGUCCUCCUGAGCAACACCCAAACCCAGUACAGCAUCGAGAUCCAGAACGUGGAUGUGUAUGACGAGGGCCCGUACACCUGCUCUGUGCAGACGGACAACCACCCAAAGACCUCGAGGGUCCACCUCAUUGUGCAAGUAUCUCCCAAAAUUGUGGAGAUUUCUUCAGAUAUCUCCAUUAAUGAAGGGAACAAUAUCAGCCUCACCUGCAUAGCGACGGGUAGACCAGAGCCUACGGUUACCUGGAGACACAUCUCCCCAAAAGCCGUGGGCUUUGUGAGUGAAGACGAAUACCUGGAAAUCCAGGGCAUCACGCGGGAGCAGUCGGGGGACUAUGAGUGCAGUGCCUCCAAUGAUGUGGCUGCACCAGUGGUCCGGAGAGUAAAGGUCACCGUGAACUACCCGCCGUACAUUUCAGAAGCUAAGGGGACAGGCGUCCCCGUGGGACAGAAGGGAACACUGCAGUGUGAGGCCUCAGCUGUUCCCUCCGCAGAAUUCCAGUGGUACAAGGAUGACAAAAGACUGGUUGAAGGAAAGAAGGGGGUCAAAGUGGAAAACAGACCUUUUCUCUCAAAACUCAUCUUCUUCAAUGUCUCAGAGCACGACUAUGGGAACUACACCUGUGUGGCCUCCAAUAAGUUGGGCCACACCAAUGCCAGCAUCACGCUCUUUGAACUAAAUGAGCCUACAAGCUCAACUUUGUUGCAAGAAGUGAAAACUACAGCUCUGACCCCUUGGAAAGGCCCCGGCGCAGUCAGCGAAGUGAACAACGGGACGUCGAGGAGGGCGGGCUGCAUCUGGCUGCUACCUCUUCUGGUCUUGCACUUACUCCUCAAGUUUUGAUGUGAGUGCCACUUCCCCCACUGGGGAGAAGCUGCUGCCACAGCAACCACCCACCCCACAGCGACGGCCACUCCGACAGCAACAAGAGCACCCCCGUUUCUUAUGAGCUAGAAUCAAAUGAAAUUCCGAGACACAGAGCCUAAUGGGACACAAAUUCGAGGGAGGGGAAACAAAGAAUACUUUGGCGAAACACGUUUCAAAGGGAAAUUGCGAAUCGCCUUGCAGGCCUUGCAGUUCCGUAGGCACAGCUGAGUUUUCUUUCUUUGUCCUAACGGAAAGAACACACACCCGGCUUUGGACCCACCCGCAGCUGCAUUGUGACCUGUUUGUGACCAGGGUGGGCCGGGCUCAGCCACUCUGCCCGCUAACGCACCCCCAGCAAGGAAAAUUCUGGCGUCGGCCAUCCCAAAUUCAACAGAGACGAACGCAGAGCGAGUCGUGCAGGCCCAGAUGUGCCACUGUGGCCCCUUUCAGAGACUGUGCCACUGUUGUGUGUGUUACAAAAUGCAAAAUUAAAGAAAAAAAAUAAAGAAAAAGGAAACUAAAUAAGACAGCCUGACAGCUACAACAGUCCCACAAUCAACAGCCACAAAAGAUAUUGUUACACUUUUUUUUUGUUUGUUUUGUUUUCGUUUUACUACACGGACAUCAUGGAUAAUAAGGGAUUCUGGUUCAUUAUUAAUUUUAUUAAUUAUAUUUUCUGAUAUGAGUCUAGAAUUUAGUGCAAAAACAAGACGAGACUAAAAAAUACACAAAUGAAAGGGGUGAAGAGAAGUAUGUUAAACAUUAAAAAUAGUGUACUUCUUAACUAGGUUUACAACUGGUGGACCACACGCCGGGCAUUAACCACCCGGUGAGGAUAUGUCGAAUCCACCAAAAAAAACCCACAUACGAUUUAACCAACAUCUCCACCAGCGCUACACAUUUCUCCUCAUCCUGGCAUUUAAUGCAGACCAUACUCUGCUUCUACCUGCUGUUUAGAAAUGGAAGGGUGAUCCGCACUCUAUCUUGAGUUUGUUGGCUAUGCUUCUUUUGAUGACAUAUAUUAUACAGUAUAUAUAUACAUAUAUUUUUUUUGUUAGAGUUCUAGCCAUUUUAUUUCUCAGCAGGGUCCUUUCUCAGACAUUACUGCAUGCUGUAUAUGGCGUUAGCUGUGUGUUGAUCUUCUAAAAGAUGAUAGAGUUUACUGGUACUUGUGUAAUCAGCUCCUGCCUUUUUAUUUUCUUGGGUUAUUUACACGUCAGAGACAUUUAUAAAAAGUGAAAAGAGAAACAAAACAAAACAAAACAAAACACUAAUACCAGGCACAGCAUCUUUUCCAGGUGUGGCUCUUGGAGGCGAAGGCCCCAACCGGGAGGCCUGACUUCUCCAUCAAGCCUCGGGGCCAUGAGCAAACAGCGAGCGACUGAACCAGCUCAACAGUCAGUAACCACUUGCUUUAGCCCAUUACGGGAAUCUCUGAUGCCUUUGUGACUACUGGAGAAUUGAAUCCUCUCGGUUCAUUUUAUUUAAUUUCCCACCUUUGUGUGCGUGUGUAUGAAAGAGAAGAAAAUGCAGUUUUUAGAUAACCUUUUUUUUUUUUCCUCCCCCGAAGUCUGGGAACUGGAGAGGCCUCGGGGAGGGGUCCUGGAUGUGAUGAGGGAAAGUGGGAUUGGGGGCUAGGGGAGGGAGGGGGUUGUC